GCCCCAGCGCAUCUGGGAGCUGGGGAUCAGCCCCCCAGUGACCCCUCCAUCCUGCCCCUUGGACACCCCCACUCCAUCCACACCAGCCCGGAGAGGAGGGUUCUCUGCUGUGAGAGCCCCCACCCCCACCCCCAAACAACGACAGAAAAAUUAAAUAACUGCAAGAGAGAGAAGAGAGGGAGGGGCAGGAGGGAGGAAGGGAGGAGAGAGACAGAGAAACAGAAGAGGCUGGAGAGGAGGAGGUGGGGAGGGAGAGAGGAGCUGGAGGCUGAGAGGGAGAGAGUGAGGAGGAGAAGAAGGGGAGAAGGGAGCAGGGAGAAGCAGGGACCGAGAAGGGAGGGAGGGAGGAGGAGGUGAGGGAAGCAGGAUGGAGGAAUGGAGUUAGGGGGCUUGGAAGAGCUUUUAAUGAAAAGAGAGCGAAGAAGGGGAGUGUGCAUUAGGAACCCAGAGGGAACCCGAGGGAGAAGCAGAAGGCAGAGAGGGGAGUAGGAAGAUCGGGAGGUAGAGCAAGCCUGGAGGGUUCGGGAAAAGAGGAGAGAAAGGGGAGGUAAAGCGAGAGAGGAGAGGAGAGAGGGGAGGGGGUGGGGGUCUCAGUCUCCCAUUGCCACAGUAACUGGGGAACUGGGACUCCCUGUAGGGAGGAGCGGAAGGCUGGAAGUCCUGGGAGGGGUUAGGGUUCCACAAAAAGGGGGAGAAGCUGAGAGAGGGCCGGCGGGACAUUGGGAAGGGGUCACCCCGAGGCCUCUUGGGGAUGGGGGCUGCAGCUCGUCUGAGCGCCCCUCGGGCGCUGGUACUCUGGGCCGCACUGGGAGCGGCAGCUCACAUCGGAACCGCACCUGACCCAGAGGACUGGUGGAGCUACAAGGAUAAUCUCCAGGGAAACUUCGUGCCAGGACCUCCCUUCUGGGGCCUGGUGAACGCAGCCUGGAGUCUCUGUGCCGUGGGGAAGCGUCAGAGCCCCGUGGAUGUGGAGCUGAAGAGGGUCCUCUAUGACCCCUUUCUGCCCCCGCUGAGACUCAGCACGGGGGGAGAGAAGCUCCGCGGAACUCUGUACAACACCGGUCGCCAUGUCUCCUUCCUGCCUGCGCCCCGGCCUGUGGUUAAUGUGUCUGGGGGGCCCCUCCUUUAUAGCCACCGACUCAGUGAACUGCGGCUGCUAUUUGGAGCACGUGAUGGAGCUGGCUCUGAACACCAGAUCAACCAUCAGGGUUUCUCUGCUGAGGUGCAGCUCAUCCACUUCAACCAAGAACUCUAUGGGAACCUCAGCGCCGCCACCCGGGGCCCCAAUGGCCUGGCCAUUCUCAGCCUCUUUGUCAAUGUGGCUGGUAGCUCAAACCCGUUCCUCAGCCGCCUCCUUAACCGUGACACCAUCACCCGCAUCUCCUAUAAGAAUGAUGCCUACUUUCUUCAAGAUCUGAGCCUGGAGCUCCUGUUCCCUGAGUCCUUUGGCUUCAUCACCUAUCAGGGCUCUCUCAGCACCCCACCCUGCUCGGAGACUGUUACCUGGAUCCUCAUUGACAGGGCCCUCAAUAUCACCUCCCUCCAGAUGCACUCCCUGAGACUUCUGAGCCAGAAUCCUCCGUCCCAGAUCUUCCAGAGCCUCAGCGGUAACGGCCGGCCCCUGCAGCCCUUGGCCCACAGGGCCUUGAGGGGCAACAGGGACCCCCGGCACCCCGAGAGGCGCUGCCGAGGCCCCAACUACCGCCUGCAUGGUAUGAUGCGGUCUGCAACCCCUUACACGUCUUGGUCUAACCCACCUAUGUGUCUCCCCUUGAUGUUUCAAUAUGAUGCAGUCCAACCCCUCCCUCGCUGCUUCUGUGUGACCCAGCCUCCUGAACUCUCCCUCGCUCUUUCUCCCUUUGUGUCAAAGUGGUACAACCCACCUUCCUGUCAUAGACCAUUGCAGGUCCGUGAUUUGCUAUUCUUCACUGCCUGCAACUUGCAACUCGGUGUAUAACCCGAGUCCCCUGGUUUCCUUGUGGUACGAUCCUGUACAGGUCCGUGGUUCUUAUAACUAGGGCUUUCCGAAAUGGUACAGCCCAGAUCCUUUCCCCUGUUUUCAUGAGGUACAACCCUAUACUGUACCAUAAUCUGGCACGUCCCUUACUGAAAAAAAAAAAAACACAACGUGGUACACUCCCCUUCUCCCCCUACUGCCUCCUCGUGGUUCAGUCCCAUGGUCUAGUCCACCUCGCUGGCUUCUCAACAUGGUACAGCCCAGACCUCCCCAUGAAUACCUUCACGUAGUUCAGCCUAAUGCUGAAACUGGAUGUCCCUAUUCCACCCUCCUGCUGCCCCGCUAUGGUUCAGCCCAGUGCCAGGCAAUCUGGCCGUUUCCCCCAGCUUGUCAACCUGGUACA